AUGUGUGGCCUUCCGUCCGUCCGCCGCCGACCCGAUGCCGCCACCUGCGGUUCCGUAGCCGAAACUCGAUGGCUUCUCCACUCGUCCAGGGCCCCAGAAAGAAUUGAUAGCUGCUUCGCUCGCCGACGUUCGCAGCAGGCUUCAAUGCGGUUCGAGAACAAUUUGACUCUCUCGUUCCAGAACGUGCCUGCCCGCUUGUGUGCCAAACCUAGAACCGAAGCGGCAUUCCCAUCGAUGCAGACGACGUCCAGGACUCCCCAGACCCAGAAGAUGAUCACGCGGCUCAAGGCUCUCUCCAAGCGCGCAGCUCACCCCGUCAUCAAGGCCCGAGUGGAACGGGCCAACAGCACGCCCAAGUUGGCACAAUACCUUGUCGCCGUGCCGUUCCGCAGCGGAGUUACCUGCAGGUUGUAG